AUGCAGACACAAGUGUCGGGUGUUGAAUGCUUGAAGAAAAGUUCCCUGCUCGUGGCAUUGAAGCAACAGAGAAGAAAGGCAUUGCUAAAUCAAGCACUUUACACAGAAAAGGCUAAAGAGUUAAAUGGAGAGGACUAUGAUAUCUUGAAAAAUGAUGUUAGUUCUAAGGCACUUUACGAUUUCUCUAAUGGGAAGCCACAUGGUACAUGGUCUCUCUUUAAUGGCAUUGUCAAUGACAUCGAGGUCAUUUCUGAGGUGAGAGCUACUGGUACAUCUUCAGCAGCCUUGAAGCGUCGUCGAGCUGAAGAAAUUGAAGAUGUGCGUCAAAAGGAGUCCGAGAAGACUCGAAAAGCAUAUGCUUAUGCCAGCAAUGUCUUGUCAUGGGGUGUUGGGAUGUACGAGCAGUGCAAUGAGAUACAAAAGUUUCUUCAGACUUUGGCAACUAAGCAAGGAGUGUCUAUUGGAGAAAUACCACUGCCGCCGGUUCCACCUCCUUUUCAUUUGGUUUCUCCUCCUGGAUCUCCACAACAAUCUACCAUCCAAAUUAUAGAAAAUAGCGAAGAAUCGCCAGCUUUGUGUGCUCAACAAGAAACAAACCCUAGCUCUAUUAAUGAACAUGUUACUACUGCAAGUGUUCCUGCUGUAGACGAUGAAGGGAUGUUUGGGGGAUUUUUCAGUUAGUCUGUAACUGGUGCACUAAGCCUAUCGCUACUGAGCAGUCAGUUGGUUGCUUGAUGUUCUUGGAUGUACAGUGCGUGGAGUAAUAUUUUGGUGCAUGUAUAGUUCACAUGCUAGUACAUGUUCUGUAAUGUAGGAAACUCUAGUUGACCUACAUCAGUAUGUACGUGCUAAUUGAGAUGCUUAAUCAGUUAGAUGUAGCAAACUCUAGCUAGCAAGCCUAUUUUUUGGUCAAACAUGUGAUGGCCAGUGAUGUCUUGGCAUCUACUGUAUGCAUGUGACGAUUGGUAUCUAUAUCUGUCUCUCUCUCUAUGUAUAUACAUUAAUUAUUUGAUGUUAUUUUCAUUUCAUUA